UCCUUUCUUCUCCUUGCUCUCACAUGAUGGACGAGUCACCUGUAAAUAGCUGUUCAACGCAGGUUAUACCGACAAAGAAGGGGGCCGUUUGGCCUAAUGAAAUUCCUCAGCCAUGAAAUUAUUGGCAUAACGUUUUUUUUGUUUGUUUUUUUGUUUGGAAAUUGCCAAUCUUCGCCAGGGUGCAAUAGAUGUUUUUCUCAGCUGAAUGAAGUACACACUGAGAGGAGGUAGAGCUAGUGAAUAAGGUGUAUAAGCUGCGGAGAAAAGGAGCGAAAAUUAUUCACAGAGGUAAAAGGACUGAUCUGAGAAUAGUUUGAUUCAUGCAGUGUGAAAUCUCGCACACAACAGCUGGAGACACCGCUAUCCGCUGCGCAUGCGAGUCGCAAGCUCUCACAAGCAGAAAAGUUGUAUCUUGCACGGAUUCUGAGUGCAUGCGUGCUGGAGGGAAUCUGAUUCUGCCUGUCUGCAGUAGAGAGCGUCGUUUUAUUCCCGCCUGGAGAAGCCUACCACUGCAGGCACAAUCAAGUAUCUCCAAGCCACUGACGGACGGGUGACUCAGGGUUACAAAACAAGCCAACAGUUUGAGAGCUAACCAGAAUAACGCAGAAGCUUAAUAGCUAACCUGAAAUGGCGACGGCAAUAUACUUGGAACAUUAUCUUGACAGUAUUGAAAACCUACCAUGUGAGCUACAGAGAAAUUUCACUUUAAUGCGGGACCUGGACAAUAGGACUGAAGAAAAGAAAGGAGAGAUUGACAAACUGGCUGAAGAGUACAUAGCAAAUGUGAAGAACUUGGCCUCAGAACAGAGAGUGGAACAUCUGCAGAAGAUCCAAAAUGCCUACAGCAAGUGCAAAGAGUUUAGCGAUGACAAAGUCCAGCUUGCAAUGCAGACAUAUGAAAUGGUGGACAAACAUAUCCGCAGACUGGAUGCAGAUCUGGCACGGUUUGAGAAUGAGCUAAAGGAAAAACUGGAAGUGAGUGGCUACGAAAGUACAGACGGAAGAGCACUGAAAAAAGGGGAUUCCCGAGGGCUGAGAGAGAAACGUGGAUCCAGGGGACGAGGAAGGAAAGGUUCUGAUGAAGAUUCUCCCAGAAAGAAAAAGAUGAAAAACAGCCCAGACUUGAGUGACGCUCUCCUGCCUAUGCAGCCAUCAGAUGUUUUGGACAUGCCAGUUGAUCCCAAUGAGCCUACUUACUGCCUGUGCCAUCAGGUGUCGUAUGGGGAGAUGAUCGGAUGUGAUAACCCAGAUUGUCCUAUUGAGUGGUUUCACUUUGCUUGUGUUGAUCUCGCCACAAAACCUAAAGGAAAAUGGUUUUGUCCGAGAUGCACCCAAGACAGGAAGAAAAAAUGAGAUUUCUUAUUUUCAGAAAUACUUAACUAAUGUACGUAUUUUUGGUGUAGUUUAAUAGUGUAAUAUAUAUGUAUUUCAGUUCCUAUCGCUCUCCACAGAAAGGUUGGGUCAUACAGCUUUUCUUUUUUUUUCUUUUUUUCAAAGGCCUAAUCCGGAUUUGGAGUGUAUUUACACAUUUGGCAACAUUAUCUCCCCUCUACUGGCUUUACUUUGUUUGUGCUAGUGGAUUUUAAGAUCAUUCUUUUUCCAUUAGCUUUCAAAUAAUUAAUUCACAUGUAUAUUAUUUGUGUACUAUGGGCAAAUUGGCCUAGGUAGUCUAGUUUAAAUUGCACAAAUUAUUGCCAAUCAAAGUCUCUCAAGUCAUAUACUGUAUAUAUUGUCAUGACUAAUGUACUCAGAAAUCCUGGAUUUUGGCUUUAGUAUACUUGAAAUAUCAAUUUUAUAAAGAACUAUUUUUUAAACAAUAUAACAGCCUGCUGAGAAUACAAUUUUAAACACCUAAAUCCACCCAAAUAAUGGUGGUAAAAGGAAUUAUGUGUCAGAUUUUCAGUUACUACCUCCUUAAUACAUCAGCACUGCAUAAAUGACUGCAAUUGAUACCGAUGUAAAAAUUUGUGUUUUGAUUAGCUUAAACCAAACAAGUAAAGCAAUGUAAAUUCAUUAUUUGCUAAUUGUCGAAAAACCUGCGAUAUCUUUGAAUGUUUAGUGGUACGAAUGGUCAGUCAGUCAGUGUCUCCAGUCAAGUGAAUGAGGUAUUUAAGCACUUUGAUGAAAUUUUCCCCUGAAGAGGUUUGAUACCGCAGGCUUGGUUUUAUAAUAUAGUUUGUAUCAUCUAAAACUUGGCCAUAGUACAUUGCUUCUAACCAUAUAUGGAAAUGUGUGUGUGUGUGUGUGUGUGUGUGUGUGUGUGUCCUCUCUCUCUCUCUCUCUC